UAAAAGCGUGGCGUGCGCGCAGCGUCAUUCUUUCCGCGGGAGCGCCGGGCCGGCAGCAUGCCGCCGCAAAAGGACAGAAAAUCUAAAAAGUCAACCUGGAAGUUUUGCCUUGACUUGACCCAUCCUGUGGAAGAUGGAAUUUUUGAUUCUGGGAAUUUUGAACAGUUCCUAAAGGAGAAGGUUAAGGUCAAUGGAAAAACUGGAAACUUGGGCAACACCGUUCACAUUGAACGCCUGAAGAACAAGAUCACGGUGACAUCAGAGAAGCAAUUUUCUAAAAGGUACCUAAAAUACCUCACAAAGAAGUACCUCAAGAAGAACAACCUGCGUGACUGGCUUCGUGUCGUCGCAUCUGACAAGGAGACGUACGAACUACGCUACUUCCAAAUCAGUCAAGAUGAAGAAGGAUCAGAGUCUGAGGAAUAGUUGAAGCUUAGCUUUACACUCAGUACAGCGUACAAAAGACUAGAACAUCUAUUUAUAAGAACAUUAACUUAUUGGUGAAUAAAUAUUUUGUACUCUGUUUGACAGAG